AUGCUGGGGAAUAUUCCCAUCUUCCCACAGGAGAAGAAGAAGCAAGCAGGAGGAAUUACUCCAGGAGAAACUACGGACAUACUAUUGUAAAGAUGGAGAUUAAGGAAGAACCCGGCAGAAUAAAAGAUGAAGAUACAGAGGAACAAAUAGGAAAUGCAGUCGUUUCAAAGACUGAAGAGAAUUUCACACAAAAACCAGCUGGAAAAUCUGGAGUCAAAAGAUCUUUCACCUGCUCUGAGUGUGGAAAGAGUUUCAUUCAGAAAGGAAAUCUUAACAGACACAUGAUUAUUCACACUGGAGAAAAACCGUUCACCUGCUCUGAAUGUGGAAAGACUUUCAUACUUAUAGGACACCUAAAUGUGCACAUGAGAAUUCACACUGGAGAAAAACCAUUCACAUGCUCUCAGUGUGGAAAGAGUUUCACUCAGAAAGGCUCUCUCAAAGAGCAUCUGCGCCGUCACUCUGGAUUGAGAUCAUUCAGCUGUGAUCAGUGUGAUAAAACAUUUGUUUUUGAAUCAAGCUUAAGAAGACACCUUAAUGUUCAUUCGGCUGUGAAGCCUCACGUCUGUUCUGUUUGUGGAAAGAGUUUUUCACAUCUUGGAUCUUUAAAAGAGCAUGAGCGUAUUCAUACUGGUGUGAGACCUUAUAUGUGCUCUGACUGUGGAAAGAGCUGCACUUCAUCCAGCAACUUAAAAUCCCACCAGAGAGUUCAUACUGGAGAGAAGCCGUACAAGUGUUCACACUGUGAAAAGAGAUUCUCUCGGUCAGGACACCUGAAAGCUCACGAGAGAGUUCAUACUGGAGAGAAACCAUACCAGUGCUCUUCAUGUGAGAGAAAUUUCAGCCAUUUAUCUGCUCUACUGCGACAUGAGAAAAUUCAUUGCCUGAAGGUGUUUAAGUGA